AAGUGUAACAUAACCACACUUAAGAGUGUCAGUCAUAUUUGUUUUGGUUUUGUAAAUAAUAUUAUUUUUUGUAAGUAAAUAAAAUCAUGGAGGAAACUCGCAGAGAUAAAGUGAAAAAAUCAAAAAACGAUCAAAUUUCUCAGAUAGUCGCUACAUACCUUCAGAAACGAAACUAUCCAGAGAAUAUAAAACCCAAAGAAAUCAAUGAGAAUCAAAUGAAAUUGUUAAUGUUAGUGGACAGUGAAGUAGGCAGAGCCAAUUCAAUUGCAUACACUUGUUAUAAUAGUGAUCCAGUAAUUAUAGACCACAGUUUUUCAAAGUUUAUUUCAUGGUUGAAAGAAGUACAUAACAAAUCCAAGGAAUAUCAAGAUUUGGAUAGCAUAGUAACACCUUUAUUUUGCCAUCUGUACAUAGAGUUAUACCAUAAAACACAUAAGGAUAAGGAUGUGCCAAUAAACUUCUUCAAACUUCAUCUUCCAACAAUUGAGAAAUUUAAGUGUGAUUAUACACUUAAAUCACUUAUAAAUGCAGUAAAUUCAGACUCGUUGGAUGCUGUGAAUUUAAUAAAGCUGUUCAGAAGUCAUCGUUAUUAUGUGAAUCUCUCUCCAAGAUCAUCAGAGUUGCUAAAAAAGUACCUAUCAGAGAAUUCGCAUGUUGUCUUGAUUCAAAUACUCCAAACAUGGUUUGAAAUUAACAUAGAAGAGACUGAAGAAGGUGAAGGUGUUGACAUGGAACAUAAAGAAUAUAUGAAUGGAUAUGCUCCUCACAAUUCAUCCAAGCAUGAAUUAUUGAAGACUCUCAAUGAUGCUAUUCUUGCACUUGAUAAGAGACCAAAAAGUAUUUUUAAAUUACAAUUGAGUAAUUCCAAGAAUGACAUAAAUAGUGGAUUAAUGGAUAGGCAGCAUGGAUUUUAUGUGUACAAUUAUGAUUCAAAAAUUGUUGUUAGUUCCAUACAGCCUUUGAAAAGGUUAGAGUUUAGUGACAGUAUUGGUGAUAUUAUAUUUAAUGAACAUGGUGAUAUUGUUUAUGACUUCUCAUACAUGAGACAUAGUAGGAUGUUAUUAUCUGCAUCCAAUGAUAAGACAAUGAAGAUGUUUGAUUUGAAGACAUUCAGAUUGGUUAAUACUUUCAAGGGACAUGAUUAUCCUGUCUAUAAAGUUGCUUCAAGCCCCAAUGGCUGUUACAUUUUAACAGGAUCUUAUGACAGUUCAGUAAGAUUAUGGUCACCAGAAACUGCAGAAACUUUAAGGUUGUAUGCAGCACACACACAAGAAAUAACGUCCCUAUGUUUCCAUCCAAAUUCAAUGUACUUUGCCAGCGGUUCGGCGGACAGAAAUAUUAGAAUGUGGACCAUAAAUGACCCAACUCCAGUUAGAUUGUUUCUGGAUUCGAGGGGAACCGUUUACACAUCGCAGUUCAGUCCUGGAGGAAAAUAUUUGGCAACGGCUGGAGUGGAUAAAGUCAUUAGGAUAUGGGAUUUGAUUGCUGGAAAACAAUACCUUGAAAUUAAAGCUGGCAACGAGAUUAUCACUCACUUGUGUUGGGGUGGCAAUGAUGAAAUGCUAUCUAGCUAUAGCAUGGACCAAGUUGUGAAAACAUGGCAGAUCAACACAAUAGAUAAUGAUGAUGAUGAGCAUAAACCUUGGAUCAUUUAUAAUUUACCUGGAAGACUUUUAUCUAUGUCAUAUACGUUUCAAACAUUUGGUUGUUUAUUAGCAAGUAGUCCUGGUCCUACGUAUACCGAAAACGAUCAUUCAAUGUAUAUGUAAAUACUAUUAUUGUAAAUAUAAAGGUUUAAAUAUAUU